AUGCCUGCUCGAGGCCGCAGGCUCCGCGCUGCUGCACCUAUCAUCUCCGACGCGAUCGGCGACGGCAGCAAGAAUGGUGUGGGCGGCGGCGGCGGCGGAGUUCCAGCAGGUUCUGAGGCUUCUCUUUCCUUUUCUUUCGAAAGAGGAAGGGGGGACGGUUGUCACUUGGCACACAGGAUCCUGAAGAAGUUCUUUAAAAAAUACAAUCAGGUCCGCCACGUCCGACUCCUGCCUCCCCGACGAGCACGGGUCGCCGGCUCUCCGCUGCUCCGCCGCCAACGCACCGUCCCCCACGCUUUGCAGCCGACCGCGGCGCCGGCCUCACCCACGCGGCUCCGCCUAGUCCAGAGCGCCGUCCUCCGUCCCCGCCACCCUCACCGCCGCCGGCCUCUCGCGCGAGCGCGCGACCUCGCCACGCUCCGGCGUCCCCGCGGGGCCUCCCCGCCGACUUCCCACCGGUUCCAGAGCUCGCACGACUCCGGCUGCUCCCGCGCGCUCGCGACUUCCCCCCGCUCCGGCGCCGCCAUCUCGCCCGCCCUCACCGCCGCCGGCCUCUCCCGCAAGCGCGCGAUCUCGCCCCACUCCGGCGUCCCCGCCGCGCCUCCCCGCCGACUUCCCACCUCCCCGCCGUCCCAUCCCAUCCCCGUCCCGCCGCGCCACCCUCUGCCAAUCCGCCCCAACGCUGCGCCGCCGCGCGACUCCCGCACCGGAGCCGCCCGCUCGCAGGUCCCGCCGCGCCGCCCUCCACCAAUCCGCCCCAACACUGCGCCGCCGCGCGACUCCCGCGCCGGAGCCGCCCGCUCGCAGGUCCCGCCGCGCCACCCUCCACCAAUCCACCACAACACUGCGCCGCCGCGCGACUCCCGCGCCGGAGCCGCCCGCUCGCAGGUCCCGCCGCGCCGCCCUCCACCAAUCCACCACAACACUGCGCCGCCGCGCGACUCCCGCGCCGGAGCCACCCGCUCGCAGGUUCCGACGCGCCGCCUUCCACCAAUCCUCCCAAAUGCCGCGCCGUGCCGCCGCACCGGGGACGCUCGAGGUCAGUACCUGGAGGCAUGGAAUAUCUUUGUUACUCUACGUAGAAGGAGCAGGCUUUGUGCUGGCUACUCACUUCUGAUGCAGAGAUAAGUUUUUUUUAGAGAUAAGCCAUGGAAGAAGAAGGUAUGUGAGGCCAAGGUCUGGGUCAAGCCAUGGCUCAAUUUCAAGGAGCUUCAUUACUUCGUCCUCAAAGGGGACGCCAAUUGCCAACACCUUCACCAAGGCCAACCUCGGCACCAGAAAAGGAAGCACCUCGCUGGAUGUUAUCUUGGUUAUGAUGUUCAGGAAGCGGGCAGCUCGUCGGGUCGUUGGACCCCAUGAAAUCUGCAAAAUCCCAUAUAAACUAUUGUUCGUCUAUGUAUCUGAUCCUGCUGUCCUAAUGGAGCUGAUCUGGUGGCAUGCUCGGCUGGCUUCGCCCCUGAUGAUGUUCCUGACUCCAAGCUGAUGGAAAGGGAGGGCAUUGCAUUGGUAGGUCUCAACAUCUCAAUUACAUCACAUCAAAGAUUUGUUUGUAACUAAGGUGUUGUCGUGUAACGACUUCUACUUUUUCUGUAUUACAUUUUCUUGUUUGAUAUGUGCC